AUGUUUUCUAUACUGUAUAACACAAACAUGCUGUGCUUGGCCAAGAGUAUUCUGCUACUACUGACAACAGGUCUCCACUCCGGCCGCGCAUCGCUCACGGUGACGACCCCCGAGGAAGACCUGGUGGUCGUCUCCGGCAGGACUUUCACCGUCCGGUGGAACCAAGAUGAUGAUGGAUCAACAACGCCCGGUCGGUUCGCCAUCGACCUCUACCAAUACCAAUCGUACUCCAUGGACGAAGAUUCGUGCGGCACAUGGGCGACGGCGCUGUGCCCCUACGGAGAGAGUGGCUGCCUGGACUCGACCGGCGACUACGACGUCGUGCUACCGGAACCCGCCCCAGACCUCUCAGACUCGGCAUACCGGAUCGGCGUACUGGGUGUCGAAGAUGGAUCGUUCGGGUGCUCCGACAAGUUCUUUUUGAUCACAGAGGGAGCCGCACCCACAGACUCCGACAAGUACUUUCUCGAGGUCACGGCUCCGGCCGACGGGGACGUUGCUGUGACUGGUCAUGCGUACGAUGUUCAGUUUGACUUCGAGAACGGGGUAGGGUCCAGCGCGGAUGUGUUUGACAUCGACUUGUUCACGAGUGACUGUGGAACGUACGUGGCCGGCCUUUGCGAGCAGUGCAAGGAUUCGGGUGGUUCGCACUCGAUAUCCAUCCCGACGGACACCGACGCUGAUUUCUAUCGCAUUCGUGUCGCCAGGGCCGAAGACCCCUUUCUUUUCGACUGUUCCGGAGUGUUUGAAGUGGUGGACGAGUUUGAGUUUGAUAUGAGUGAGUUGGUUGCAGACAGCUACAGUUUUUCCUACAGCCCGGGGGAACGUCAAGACGAAAUAUAA